AUGGCAAAGAGAGCAUUAGGUUUGGGACAAAAGAAUAAAGAAAAAAAGAGAAAAGUUGAGUCUGAAGGUCGUCAGGAUUCGAAGGAAGUUACUCCUGGUGCAGAUCAGAUAAGCGUGGAAUUGGAUGACAACGAAGACCUGGAUGAUGAAUUUUCGCAGUUGAAGGGCCUAUGGCAAACUUAUUUCCACUCGGACAGAGAAAACGAAUAUGUUUUGAACGGUAUCGUUCAUGAGUGUGAUAGAUUGUUACGUCAAUCUGAAGAGGAUGCCAAGAUUAAAAAAUCGUUGAACGAUGAAUUUCAUGCAAUUUAUGCGCUGGCCCUAUCUGAAUUAACCAUCUUCAAAGCUGGCGAGGACGAUGAAGAGAACAAAAAUAUGCAAUCUGUCGCCGAAUUCUUUGAUAAUGCAGUGGAAAGAUGUGAACUCGGGUUGGCCUUAUUUUCUGACUCUCAGCUGCUGAAAUUAGUGAUUGCCAAGAUCAUCAUACAGAGAAUCCCGCUAGAAUACGUCUCGCAGCUAAAAGUGAACAGCACAACUGAUGCUUUGAAAAUUGACCUUAAUGAGCAAUUGGAACAGGCUAAAAAAAACUUCAAUGUUAAUAAGGAUCACUUGGAGCUCACCUAUGAAGUUUUGCAAAUGUUCGACGACUUGUUGGACAUCAUUGAAAACUUUGGUCACGAGAAUGAGAUUGAGGAAGGUUUGGAUAGCGAUGAUGAAGAGGAACUAGCUCAAGUUGAGCUAUCUUCCACACAUCCUCUUUACAAAUUACAACAAAAUUUACCAAAGAACUAUCAAUGGCUAAGAGACCAAAUGACCCAACUGUUCAACGCUCUUGGUGAUCAGGAUAAAUUUUACCAUAGCGUUGCCAGAUCCGUUGGCCAUCUCUAUCUAAAAGCUGCUGAAGAACCAACAAGCACAUUCAUGCGUUUACAAUACGGUGAUGACGAUGAACCAUCCAGUGAUGAGGAAAGCUGUAAGAGCGCUCAGCGUAGCGCACUAAAAUACACAAAGCAAGCUUUGGAGUUUUUGGAGAAAGGUCAAGUAAAGGAUGAACCAGAAACCUGGGUUGAAGUAGCAGAAGCCUACAUUGAUCUCGGUAACUUGCAUGACUACCAGUCAAAAGACCAAGAGAAAUCCUACCAGGUCGCCGAAGAUAUUUUGAUGAAAGCUAACAAGGCUUCGCAUGGUAAAUUUCAAGAUAUCUUGGACAACCUUCUAGACAAAGAAUAA